CUGCUCUGGGAGUAGCAGUUCUACGAGGCGCUCGUUCCCGCCGCCGCGGCGGGGGCUCCACACCACGCCGCCGGGACACGGCGACUCCACCGCCCGGACCCUCCCGCCCCGCCGGGGCCGGCUGCGUAAGCGGGGGCGGGCCUCUGCGCAGUGCGGCCAAUCGGGACCGGGCCUGGAGGCCGGGGUUGGACGGCCUCGGCGGGACGCCCCGAGUGGCGGUUGUUUCAAGAUGGCGGACGUGGAGGGCCCCUCCCGACUCGGCGCGGCGGCGUUCUGGAGCCGCGACUUUUCUGAUGAAGAACAGUCAGUAGUGUAUGUUCCAGGAAUUUCUACAGGAGGAAAUAUCAGAUCAAGACACAAGAUGGUGAAUCCAAAAGCUGAUGUUAAACUUAAGACUUCCAGGGUGACUGCUACUUCAGUCUCCAUGGAGUCUUUAAAAGGUGCAGGGGAUUCAGUAGAUGAACAGAAUUUCUGCAGGGGAGGAAUAAAGAGUGCAUCAUUGAAGGAUUUAUGUCUUGAAGAUAAAAGACGCAUUGCAAACUUAAUUAAAGAACUGGCCAGAGUAAGUGAGGAAAAGGAAGUAACAGAAGAAAGACUCAAAGCUGAGCAGGAAUCAUUUGAGAAGAAGAUCAGGCAGUUGGAAGAACAGAAUGAACUGAUCAUAAAAGAAAGGGAAGCUCUUCAGCUACAGUAUAAAGAAUGCCAAGAACUUCUAAGCCUGUAUCAGAAAUAUCUAUCAGAACAGCAGGAGAAGCUCACUGUGUCUCUCUCAGAACUUGGUGCUGCUAAAAUUCAGGAACAACAGGUAUCCGAUAGGAAAAGCACUCUCUGGUCUUCAUCUGUGGAACUGGAUGGUUCCUACUUGAGUGUAGCCAAACCACAAACCCACACUCAAACCAAGCAAAGGCCUAAGUCUGCAAAUCAGGACUCAGCUUCAGAAUCCCUUGCGGAAUUUAGGAAUAAUUCUUUGAAACAAGCAGCCCUUCAUUAUCCCAAAGAGGAUGUGGACAAGGUGCCAUCAGAGACCAGAACAUGUAAUUAUGGAUCCCCAGGGAAAAAACUAGUAGAUGCAGUACCUACAGAGAAAGUUCCACCAGAGGACCUGAACAUGAAGGAAUGCCAACACCGUAAGGCUACUCCACCUAGUCAGUGUUGUGGUCAUAGACUUUCUGAAAAUGCGGAUCAUGUUCGUGAGAGCCAUCCGACAAACAUGGUCCCUGAAUAUUCCAGGACACAUCUGGAAUCAUGCAGGUAUUGUGGGCUUUCCUGGGCAUCUCUGAUGCGUGGCCAAGGGGCACUGCAGCCUAGUGAAACUGAUGUCAAAAAGCAGCUCUCAGAAGAUAGAAGGCAGCAACUCAUGCUUCAGAAAAUGGAGCUGGAAAUUGAAAAGGAACGCCUUCAGCAUCUACUGGCCCAGCAGGAGACAAAGCUACUCCUAAAGCAGCAGCAGCUUCAUCAGUCUCGACUGGACUAUAACUGGUUAAGAACUCAAGCUGUAUUUAAGUCAAGAGAACUGGUUGCUAAUAAAGACAUUACUACACCCCGAGAGCUGAGGCUGGAUAUGAAUGAGAGUGGCUCUGGACCCAGUUUAUUGAAGUCAAAAUGUGAUGUCUGGACGCUUGGAACAUCAUCAUCCAGCAAAAAGUACCAAGACUUCACUAAUAAUGGAGAGAAUAGAAGGGAGAAGAAGACAGUUGGGUUUCAGUCACAUAUGGAAGGUGAUGCCCUGUGGACAGGUCAAAAGAAAGAUGCAUAUCAGCCCCAAAGAGGGACAAUGGCAGAAGUUAGGACAGAUGCGUCCACAUCUCCUAUGACAACAGGAAGCCAAAAGGAGCUUGUAAUCACAACCACAGCAUCAUUGCAACAUGACACUCCCCGGUAUGAGACAUCUCUACUGGAUUUGGUUCAAUCUCUGAGUCCCAAGACUGCUUCCAAACCGCGGCCCCAUCGCUCCAGAGAAGCUGGGUCAUGGCAUCACAGUACUUGCCUACUCAGUCCUCUGAAAUCAACCUGGAACAAGACCGGGGCACACAGGACCCCUGAAGACCUGGAGGAGGAUCAAAUUCUGGAAGAUAUCUUUUUCAUUUGACACUGAAGCACAUGCUGCAAAAUUUCCGUCAGAAAUGAGUGGGUGUUUUUAUAUACUGAUCCAGGAUUUUUAAUUAUUUGACUGCAACGUAAUUGUGUCUCUCCUUUCACAGGGAGGGACCUAUCUCACUAGCAUCCUGUUACGUGUCGAAUAUAGAAAUCAUUCUAACAACCCAGGGUGUUUCUGAUCAGACCAAUCAGUAGACAACACAUUAAGGAUGGAUGGGGGUGGAGGACAGUAGCUUUUCUAUGCCAAGCAGAGAUUAGAACAUUAACAUGGGACACUUUCUGCAUGGCAGAGGCCUUUGCAUACUCAGCCUCAUUCAAGAGUGUUUCCUUCUCAAUAUUUUGCUGGAAAAGGUUGGCUCUCUUUUGUACACAAGGAAAACCUUUCCAUUGAGAGAUCCCUCUAGUUUAAACGUAGCCCCUUUGUAACAUAAGCAAUUUCAGAAAGAUAGACCCUUUUACCUCUCCACCCUGUUCUCUUACCACCUACCUCUUUCUAAGUCAGUCAGUUAAUUCAGAGGUUAGAGUUGGUGGUGCCUCUCCCAUCACAAGCAACACUGAGGGCCAAUUGUGAGUCAGUCUCAGCAGUCAUCAGCCUGGCCGCUGCCCACCCUAUAACCAAAAGGGCUUAAUGAGCUAGAGGGAGGCCCUCCCAACCCUUAGAAAUCAGCAUGAGAUUGCACAAGCGAGUACUGCCCUAGGGGAGGCACUGGCCUGAAAUGCUUGUCCUAUGGUCGGCCAUUUCCCAGGGUAAAUAAGAGCACUCUCUCAGUAUUUUUUCUUGCCCCAAGUUUCUGUUUUACUCACCCUGGUGAACUUCCCAUCAGCUGCUACAGGCUGACAGACUUCCCCUGGCCUCCCUUCUCUCCCCAUGUGGAGUCAAGGCCCUGAUUGACCAGGCCUUGUGUGCUCUGCUCAAGACCACUGUCUCGUGGCCCCAAAGAACCACCUCCACUUGCCAGAUAAUGUUCCACCACCCCACGCAGAGUCUCCCCCUUUCUCCCACUAGGCCUCACAGAGAAAGCCUGUGGAAGAAGUGCACUCGAAACGUACUCUCUCUGCUCUCCCGUUCGGCAGGGCUCUUGAGAUGGGUCCCUCAGCUUACAGUGGACUCUAGAGGCGUCUCAAGCUUAUGGGCAGUAUGAUGAGCCUGGUAAAGCCAGUGAGUUUAACACUUGCCAGUCAUUGGAAGCCAGGGGAAGAUAUGCAUCACUUGAUGACUUUAUUUGGUGUGGAGCGUGUUGCUUUUUUCUCUCUCCCUUUCGCCAGCCCCUGGCCUGUCAGUCAUUAUUGGUAGCUAACGUCAGACCAUGCAGGGCAGCCGGCACUUAGUGAGACUGCACGGCUUCCCUGAAGUCUUUAUCAAAGCUAGAUUACUUCAGCCUACAAGAGCUUUCUGGAGCAACUUCCUUGUCUGGGUAAAUCCACAUCUCAUUGUCUCUUCAGACUGAGGCCCUGUCACCUCUGCCCAACCUUCCUUCACUUGGGUCCUUUUGUUCUUUGGAGGAGAGAAGAAUAUAGCCUACCAAUACCAUAUUCUUUUUUUUUUUUAAUCUUUAUUGGGGUAUAAUUGCUUUACAAUGGUGUGUUAGUUUCUGCUUUAUAACAAAAUGAAUCAGUUAUACAUAUACAUAUGUUCCCAUAUCUCUUCCCUCUUGCGUCUCCCUCCCUCCCACCCUCCCUAUCCCACCCCUCCAGGUGGUCACAAAGCACCGAGCCGAUAUCCCUGUGCUAUGUGGCUGCUUCCCACUAGCUAUCUACCUUACGUUUGUUAGUGUAUAUAUGUCCAUGCUAUAUUCUUAAUCUGAGGUAGAUAUCAGGUCAGGACAAACCAGUUGUAGUCAUUCAGUUGAAAGGUUGAAAAUUAUUGCAGAUUACAGUUUCCUCUUACAGUUCACCCCUAAGAAAGCAACUGAAUCAGUUUCAUCCCAUUCCAGAAGCCUUUGGAAAAUAGAGCUUUCUUUGGUGUGGCCAAAAACUGGGUGAAAACAGACGGAGAGCCCUUGACCAUUUUCUCAGUUAAAGUUAGGUUUCCAGAGCUACCUUUUCCUUGCCCCACGUGUCAUGACCAUCUUAAGUACCCCCAGCUCCCUCGGAUCAUCCAUAAUCACACUUUCCUAUUCUGGACACCAGUGCCCUUACUGCUCUCUGGAGUAAGAGGAUGCCAGAAAGACCAAGAAAAAGAUUGUGAUUUCUUCAAGAAGCUUGUUUGCCUUAGAACAAUCAAACAGGACCUAAAGUAAAGGCUUUGGGGGGUCACAAGCCACAAGAUGGAGUUUAAUUGCUUCUUUGCCUCUCCUGAAUGAGCAAUUUGGAAGAGCAAAGAUGGAUUUUCAGCAGAGCAUCAAUCAACCUAUUUUUCAUAUGCCACAUUCCCUGCCCCCGCCAGUUGCCUUUCUCUAUCCUGUAGGCAUUUUCUGGUCGUCAGGGCAAUAGGAUGUGAAUUUGUGUCUAGUCUAACAUCUUCAUUAUGAAUUGAACAAUAUAUGUUAACAUUUUAAUCUGUGUCUCACUUUGAGAUCUAUAUAUAUGUAUUAAAGGUUGUUUUAGAGCCUCGAGGCUUUUGUGGAGCCUAGAGGCUUGACCUAAUUGAAGACUAACCUACCAAGGGAGAGGGCCUGGCACACAGGAAUCUGCCUUUCCUCCCUGUUAAGCGCUCCCAACAGUGAGUGGCUGUAAUGCGCUUGCCCAGCCUCCAGCCAUUUCCCCAAAGCAAGACGGGACACGUGUUGGCGAUGCUGCAGGUAGUGUUACCACAUUGCCUACCCUGCUUCCCACUGUUCUGGGAGAGAAAGACCAAUCAGUGUUUACAAAACGGGGCAGGACAAACGCCCAUGGAAGCUCCUUACGCAGGGCCCAAAGUGCUUGAUUUAGAAGACCAAAGUCAGUCAAGGAGAAGCUUUCUCUGACAGCCGCCCUUCCAGGAGGCACAUUUGUGUUUACAAACCUGACCUCCGUGAGGGGAAUUGUCCAGAGCUCCCCAAAUGUCAUGGGGAUGGAGGGACUCUCUCCUCCCCCAGAGCCGUUCCUUCCACUUGGCGCUGUUUUCAGCACCAUUGUUCACAUGAGAGAUUUGCUGGUCAGAAACUCUGGGGAGGGAACAGGCCUAAAGGAGCAGGGCUGGACGAAGUCUGACGUCAUAGCCAAUGUUUCAGUGGCUGUUU